AUGAAGACCUCCCAACCUCCCAACACCCAGCCUCCCAACACCCAGCCACCCAGCCUCCCAACAUCCCCACACCCAGCCUCCCAACACCCAGCCACCCAGCCUCCCAACCUCCCAACACCCAGCCUCCCAACCUCCCAACACCCAGCCUCCCAACACCCAGCCACCCAGCCUCCCAACCUCCCCACACCCAGCCUCCCAACCUCCCCACAACCAGCCUCCCAACCUCCCAACACCCAGCCACCCAACCUCCCCACACCCAGCCUCCCAACCUCCCAACACCCAGUCUCCCAGUCUCCCAACCUCCUCACACCCAGCCUCCCAACCUCCCAACACCCAGCCUCCCAACCUCCCAACACCCAGCCUCCCAACACCCAGCCACCCAGCCUCCCAACCUCCCCACACCCAGCCUCCCAACAUCCCCACACCCAGCCUCCCAACACCCAGCCACCCAGCCUCCCAACCUCCCAACACCCAGCCUCCCAACACCCAGCCACCCAGCCUCCCAACCUCCCCACACCCAGCCUCCCAACCUCCCAACACCCAGCCUCCCAACCCUCAACACCCAGACACCCAGCCUUCCCACACCUAGCCUCCCAACCUCCCCACACCCAGCCUCCCAACCUCCCAACACCCAGCCUCCCAACACCCAGCCACCCAGCCUCCCAACCUCCCCACACCCAGCCUCCCAACCUCCCAACACCCAGCCUCCCAACACCCAGCCUUUCCACACCUAGCCUCCCAACCUCCCAACACCCAGCCUCCCAACCCUCAACACCCAGACACCCAGCCUUCCCACACCUAGCCUCCCAACCUCCCCACACCCAGCCUCCCAACCUCCCCACACCCAGCCUCCCAACCUCCCCACAACCAGCCUCCCAACCUCCCAACACCCAGCCACCCAACCUCCCCACACCCAGCCUCCCAACCUCCCAACACCCAGUCUCCCAGUCUCCCAACCUCCUCACACCCAGCCUCCCAACCUCCCAACACCCAGCCACCCAGCCUUCCCACACCCAGCCUCCCAACCUCCCAACACCCAGCCUCCCAACCUCCCAACACCCAGCCUCCCAACCUCCCAACACCCAGCCACCCAUCCUCCCAACACCCAGCCACCCAACCUCCCAACACCCAGCCACCCAGCCUUCCCACACCCAGUCACCCAGACAUCCAGUCUACCACACCCAGCCUCCCCACACCCAGCCACCCAGCCACCCAGUCUACCACACCCAGCCUCCCCACACCCAGCCACCUAGCCACCCAGUCUACCACACCCAGCCUCCCCACACCCAGCCACCCAGCCUACCCCGAAGCAGCCACCCAGCCUCCCCUACAUCCACAUCCCGGCUACCCCCACAUCCUCCAUGUGGGCAGCUGCUUCUGCUCCUCAUUAACACCAUCAUAAUGAGGCGUUGCCGGUGA